AUGGGCACCAUGCGAGAGCCAAGGGACACUGGACUUCAAACGGCCCAGGUCGAAACCGUGAUUCCCGAAAAGAGCCUUAAUCCCCAGAUGAUGAACGAAGGCGAGCUUCAGAGUCCAUAUCAACUUGGGUGGAAAACUCUCUUGGCCUUGGUGACCCUGUCAAUGGGAAAUGUCUGCGCUGCCUUGGCAAACACGACCAAUACAACCAUUAAAUUUCAAGUCGCGACACUAGCCAAGACGCCAGGCGAUUCUGCGCUUGCUUCGUGGAUUUCCAAUGGCAAUUUUCUCCUUACUCUCGCCAUGGGUCCCAUUUUUGGGUCUCUCGGUGAUCGGCUAGGAAAGAAAUGGUUUCUCGUGGGAGGCGCUCUGCUCGGCGUUGUCGGGUCCACGAUCUCGGGAUCGGCCAACAGGAUUGCGGCCAUAGUGGGAGGGAACAUCCUUACUGGCAUUGCAAAUGCAGGCUGUAUUGUAUCUAUCUCGUGCAUCCAAGAAAUCACACCCAACAAGCAUCGUCCGUGGGCAAUGGGCGUCUCUCAAGCUAUGGCCAGCGCGUUUGUCGUUCUAGGAACAUUCCUCGCCGCCGCAUUUGUUAGAGAUAAUGUUGGAGGCCUGGGAGGAUGGCGAUGGGCUUACUAUUUCAACGGAAUCAUAUAUGGUCUCACAGCAGUGGCUAUCGGGGUAAGCUACUUCCCACCUCGGCCCGUACUCGGUCGGCAUCAAGUUCGCAGGGAGAUCAUCACCGGCGUGGAUUACCUUGGUAUUCUUCUCAUGGCAGGUUCCUUUGCCUCCCUUAUCACUGGCCUUACCUGGGGCGGCACCACAUACCCUUGGGACUCGCCCCGAAUUAUUGCUACGCUCACGGCAGGAUGCGUGGGACUUGCCUUCUUUGGGCUGUAUGAAGCAUUCAUGGUGAAAGAGGGCAUCCUUGAUCACCGUCUGUUCCAGACAAGGAACUUUCCCAUCUUGAUGCUUGUGUGCGCAAUUGAUGGGAUGCUUCUCCUGGGCGUCAAUGUUGCCUUCUCCCAGGAGGCAUACGAUCUGUUUACACAGGAUGCAGUUGGCAUUGCUACUAUUAUUUCACCUUACCUUAUCCUAUCAACCUUUGGUUGCAUCCCGGCUGGAUGUAUCAUGGCCUUUACGAGGUCAUACCGAGCUUUUCUCGUUGCUGCGUUGAGUUGGUGUGCGCUUUUCACAGGGCUAAUGGGUCUGGUUACCGCUGGAAGAAAGAGCUGGUCGUAUGCUUUUUCAGCCCUUUUCGGUGCCGGCACUGCCGUGACGACGACCAUCCCAGGUAUGCUUUUCCCUUUAUUUGAGCUAAGCUAUGAAAUCUAUACUAACGGCACAUACAAAGUCACCGCUCUUGCUCUGUCUAUCCCAUCAUACCUGAUGGGAACAGCGGUUACAGUUUCGAUUUCCUGCAGAGCUCUCGGGGGCAUUGUCGGCAUCACAGUCUUUACAUCAGUCUAUAACAACAAAUAUGCUUCAUAUGUUGGUCCGGAGAUCGCGGCUGACUCGCACGCCGCCGUUGAUACCGUGGCAAGUGCCAAGGCUUGGAGAGACGUGUGGAUUGUUAUUGCUUGUUUGGUCGCCGUAAAUGCGGUUGUGGCUUGUUUUUUGAAGAGCGUCAAGUCGAUGAUGAAUGACCAUGUCGAGUCUUCGCUGGAGGAUAGCAAGGUCAGACGGGAGCAGAAGAUCUAG